GGCCUAAUUAGCAAGGAGAAUGAGUUCUACCACGGUAACAUACUCCAAGAAAAAAUCUCUUCUUUCUUUCAUGCAGCGCCGUCCUGACACCACAAUGCCUUCGCGGCGCAGAACCAUGAGCACCGUAUUCAAUGACCCCUCCCACCAAGAAGAUCCCACCAUCCGUCUUCUGGAAACACAGUCUCAACGGACCAGUCAAGGCACUUCCAACAAUCGCAAUCGCACUAGCAUUGAUGAAAUGGCCAGCGCGCUGCUUCAAGAUACAACCAUGACCUCCGCCGUGGAGUCGCCGAUUGACCAGGCCCCUUAUGUUGCCCCGGACGAGACGGCAUGCACCAUUACUCGUGUGUAUCCGCAUCCCAUCCACAACACCGGCAUAGUCGAUGAUGCUGUUCUGGAGGCUGGAGUGGAGGAGGCGCCCGCCGCUAAUCGAAAGAUUCGCCAGCGACCGGUUCCUGUCGUGCGACCCUCGCCCAGCCUACCCAGAAGGUCGUCGAGACGCCGAUCCACUCGCCAGCGAUCAUCUCCUCUAGCUCCUCCCCGCUGUGACUACGUCAAGGGGCUCCCAAAGUCGAGCACCGGUGCUCUGAAUCCCCUGGCGAUGCAUCCGCCCAACAGUAGGAUGACCAAGCUGCCUGCAUCAGCAACAAUGCCGUUGACAAAGCUUCACGAACAGCCCAAUGCAGCCCCAGAGACCUCGAGCAAGCCAGUGGGCCUUGAUGCUUCAGAGAUUGCCGAGAAGAUCGAAAAGAUGUUAGCCGCUACCCAGGCACUCAAGUCAGAGCCACAACCUGUACAAACUACAACCGCCAUUCCCUCCAGCAGCACGUCUUCAAAAGUGUCUCGCCUCGUCAAACAGAACGGCCUUUUCAAGAAGGUUUCUCACGCACUUUCCGAACGGCGGCUUUUCCCCAAAAACCAGUCUAAGGACUCCAAAGUACAAAACAUCGUGGAAGAGGAGGAUGAAACAGAAGUUGUGGCACCAAGUGGCGUUGCAGGGAAGAGGUCGGGUCUUAAGUCGAUCGAACUACGCCUUAAUGAGGGUGUGAACUUGAACAAAGACAAGGUUCAGAAGAUCUUUGGCGGAAAAGUUCAUCGCAAGCCCGUUUUCAUGGAAGGCAAGUUCUUACGCGCUCGUAGGUCGCUAGAUGAUCCUUUUGCGUCUCCAAGUUCACUCCGACGACCUCUUACCGAGUUCGAAACCCGUCUUCGGGGAGGCUCGGUGGACGACUCUGUGUUGCCGCCUCUUUCAUCCCAAAAUCCAUUCGAAUCGGAAAGGGUGAUGGAGAGCAGCCUAGACUCGAUACUACCGUCUACUCCCAUUGCCUCGUCGACACCUCGAAGGGGCUACAAGCGUACUUCGUCGCCGAGCGAGAGUCCUACCAAGAAGUCUCGUGGCGGUCUGCGAAGCCGGAGCAUUGACUUGGAUGCUAGUUUACCAAUGGGCCUGAGCCUUGACAGUGAGCAGUCCAAGAAGCACCCCUUGGCUUUGUCUCCUGGACUUGCUACUAUCUUCUCAUACGUCCCAGUCGUGGACGAUGUCGAGAGAAAGAAACAUCCUUCUCCUGCUAAGCGUGACUUGGAGCUCAUGACCAUCGAGUUCCGCACGCAAUAUCCGGAUGUACCAUUGGGCCGUGCGGCUGAGCAAGACGAGCUGGACGAGCUUGCUCGUAGUACGCUCCUCUUGCCGGACUACGACUCCGAUCACAAAAACAGGUACCUUCGUCCAUCUUGCACCAGCCGCUCCACCAGCAACCGAUCCGGAGAGAGUACAGAAGAUGAUGAGGGAACGGUACCCUUGCUUAGACCUAGUCGACCUCGGCCGCUGUACACCGCGCCGGUGCGCAAAGCGAUCGUCAAACCUGUCGGCAUCACCCGUUCGCGGACAGACUCGCAGCUUACCUUGAACCCUUAUCUUCGACAUAUGGAGGCUGAUGAGCUUCACAUGGGUUCUCCCGCCAUUGAGCAUGGUUAUAGACCUCUCGAUUCUCAAGAGGUCUUCUGAGACGAAGAGGCUUAGGGUUAUGGUCAUGAGGAUCACGACCUUUGCCACGAUUUUACGUCUUUUGUUUGGAUGUUGUAUGAUACCCAUGAUCCAGCUCGGUCAUCCUAUCUUCGGUAUCGAGUUCUAGAGUUUUUCUUUUUCCUGCGACCAUAACCAACUCAUGGAGGUUGUGUUCGUCUUUUCUUCCUUUAACUUACAACUAAAUGUUUUAAUGGUCUUUGGCUGGCUUUCCAGUUCAUCAGAGUAACUAGGCUUGGAAGCAAAGAAUUGGGAGAUUGGCGUCGUGGUUUCAAAAAGCACAUAGAUUGCACUGCGAUCUACAGAUCCUAUAUCGUUGGUGCUAAGUCUUUUUCAGUUUCUCUGGCUGAUGUACAUACCUGCAGCCUUACUUUACUAUAUCUUAGUUUGGUCACUUGAACG